ACAGCAUUAAAGAUAAUUCUAAGUGAAGAAGCUCUUGUUCUUAUGGCAUCAACGAGAAUUCUCAAGGAGCUCAGGGAAUUGCAGAGAGACCCUCCAACUUCAUGCAGUGCAGGUCCGGUGGCAGAAGACAUGUUCCAAUGGCAAGCCACAAUACUUGGGCCAAGUGAAAGCCCCUACUGCGGUGGGGUUUUCAUCGUGAGCACCCACUUCCCUCCGGACUACCCUUUCAAGCCUCCCAAGGUUGCGUUUAAAACCAGAGUGUUCCACCCAAACAUAAACAGCAAUGGGAAUAUCUGUUUAGAUAUUCUUAAGGAGCAAUGGAGUUCUGCACUCACCAUUUCCAAGGUCUUACUUUCGGUAUGCUCACUGCUGACGGACCCUAAUCCUGAUGAUCCACUUGUCCCUGAGAUUGCUCAUAUGUACAAGACUGACGCACUCAAGUACGAGACGAUAGCUCGUAGCUGGACUCACAAGUAUGCCAUGGGUUGACUCACUCAACACCCUCCCAUGUUUAAUUUUGUCAUCCGUUUAAGACAAUUUCCAUUGCCG